GAAAGAAUGAGCUGGACGAGAGCGCCAUCGACAUCGACGGGAUCGACCUGCCCGGCGGCCCAUUCCACCUGCAGCCCUCCGGGGGCCCCACGCACCGUUCAAGCCCUGCGCGCACUGCUCCAGCAGAAGGAGAGGACAAGCGCGAGGAGGGUGAGGUCGAGGAUGAACUGGGCUUGGCCGGCAUGGGGAUUGCCAUGGGACCCAACGGGGCAGGGGCGCGCGUUGUGGCCUGGGCGGGGGAUCUGGCGCCGCCGUCCGAGGACGCACGCUUGGCGACGCGGGGCAACGCUUGCCAGGAAAGAGGAAGCAACAAGGACGGGAAUAUGCCGGGAGAAUAUGGCUCCUUCUCGCCCUCUACGCUGCCCUGCGACGACCGCCGGCCUCAAAUCAGCACCCGGAGUAAAGCAGUACUGGAGCAGUUUUUCAGGAAGCCGAUCAGCUCGGAGGUGUACGGGACAGCAUUCGUGACUGUGAGCACGCUCGAAGCCACGGCUAUAUUGCGGCAGACGGUGACAUACCAGCGGGCAUUCGAGAUCAUCGUGGAGGAGGCCCCCCUGCCCGAAGACAUCAUGUGGACCAAUAUUGACAUCAAUUUCGUCACCAGCUACCUUCGGACCGCACUGGGUCACCUCCUCACGCUGGCAAUCACCAUCGCUUUCGCCUUUCCCACAGCCUUCAUCUCAGCUCUGAACAGCGUGGAGACUUUGAAGAGAAAGUUUCCUGCGCUGAAUGACUGGCUACCCAGGUCGGACGAGGACAAUCGAUGGAUCAACGCAGUACUCGCUCUUGUUGCGCCCCUACUCCUGCUCAUCCUCCUCUCUAUCAUUCCGCCUAUCUUCGGCCUGCUGACGCUUCGUGUUAUCAAGGAUUCUCGGACCAUUUCGGAGGCUCAUUACCACGUGUUCAAACGGUACUUUGGUUUCCUCUUCUACAACGCUUUGGUGAUCUUCAUGGUCACUACCUCCGUCGUCGAGACGGUCAAGCGGGCGUAUUCGAAUCCCAUCGAAAUUCUUAACCAAAUUGGUAUAACACUGCCCAAGCCUGCGGCCUUCUUUAUCAAUUUUACGAUCAUCAAAGCCUUGACGGGGCUACCUUCUGAGCUGAUGCGAACCAUGGCCUACCUUACUCACCUAGUGAAGAUCAUAUUCGUCGACGAGCUAACGGAGCAGAAUCGUGCGCAGAUGGUGAUUGGCUGCCGAAGUCUUACUCAUCCUGGCGGCUUCCAUUACGGGAAAUUUUUGGCAGAGCACACGCUGCUUUUUGUUUAUUCGAUGUGCUAUUCCUGCCUGGCACCGCUCAUCCUGCCAGCUGGUUUUCUCUUCUUUGCUGGUGCAUUUUUGGUAUACAAACGUCAACUCCUUUUCGUCUACGAGCCUGAAUACGAAACAGGUGGGAAAAUGUUCAAACUCAUCCUCCGCUACACUUUUACUGGCCUUUUCGUUGCUCAAUUUGUCAUGUUUGUGAUGCUCGUCACUAAGUUGGCCUACGAAGAUAUCCCUUUCUUUCUCCCCCUGCCCAUCGCUACCUACUUCGCGAAAGACCUGAUUAUCAAAUGGUAUGGACGCCUUGAGAACCAUGUUCCCCUUUCUCUUGCGGUAGCGAAGGAUGUUCGCUUUUGGCGGGGCCCUGGUAAGGUGCCUUCUUCCCGCACGGGCGAGAUUCUGGACUUGGGAAAGGAUACUUUUCACCAUCCCGCUGUACGCGCCCCUUGGUGCGAAAUAACACAAAAUGUGCCCCGGGCCUCCGGAGGAAAUUCCUUCGAUAUAAUGAUGCUGCAAGGCCGUGCGGGCAUUGGUAACAUAUACGAUCGUCUCGACAAGUCUGAGGCAACCUUCUAUGAGAGAAGUAAUAGCAAGACCAACACUUUCCGAAGUAUGGGACGCAGGAGAUAGCUCGAUAUUUGGGUAAAGGAAAGGAAUGCUUGUCCGAAACAUAUGUAAAUAUGGGUGCAAAGCAAGAUGAAAGCCUUUGAAUUGUACACAAGAA